AUGACAACAACAGAUACAGAGGAGGAUAUUGAAUACUAUGACUCCAAGGCUGAGACAGAAUAUGAAGAUCCAGAUGGAGAAGAAAUUGAAAAAGAAAAGUCCAACUCCCUGAAACUGGAGUUCACAGAAGAUGCCAACUUCAAAACGAAGGUUAACUACUCUUAUGCAGCUGUGCAGAUACCUACAGACAUCUACAAAGGCUCCACAGUAAUCCUUAACGAACUCAACUGGACUGACGCCUUGGAGGAUGUAUUCGUUGAAAACCGAAAAGAAGAUCCAUCUCUGCUAUGGCAAGUCUUUGGGAGUGCCACAGGCGUGACUCGCUUCUACCCAGCCACUCCUUGGAGGAUGCCCAAUAAGAUUGACCUGUACGAUGUCCGACGAAGACCAUGGUACAUUCAAGGCGCCUCAUCCCCAAAGGACAUGGUGAUCAUCGUGGAUGUGAGUGGCAGCGUUAGUGGCCUGACACUGAAACUGAUGAAGACGUCAGUCCAUGACAUGCUCAACACUCUCUCAGAUGACGACUAUGUCAAUGUGGCUUCAUUCAACCAAAAUGCACAGCCUGUAUCUUGCUUCAAGCAUUUAGUCCAGGCAAAUAUUCGCAACAAGAAGGUCUUUAAAGAAAAGGUGGAUUUAAUGGAGGCCCAAGGAACCACGGACUACAAGGCCGGCUUUGAAUAUGCCUUUGAACAGUUGCAAAAUUCCAACAUCACAAGAGCCAAUUGCAAUAAGAUGAUCAUGAUGUUCACUGACGGAGGAGAAGAUCGAGUGCAAGAUGUGUUUGAGAAGUACAACUGGCCUAAUAAGACAGUGCGAGUGUUCACCUUUUCUGUUGGACAGCAUAACUAUGACGUCACUCCUCUGCAGUGGAUGGCGUGUGCUAACAAAGGAUAUUAUUUUGAAAUUCCCUCCAUUGGGGCCAUCCGAAUCAACACACAGGAAUAUCUGGAUGUUCUAGGAAGACCCAUGGUCUUGGCAGGGAACAAAGCAAAACAGGUUCAGUGGACCAAUGUCUAUCGGGAUGCUUUGGGUCUGGGCUUGGUCAUAACAGGCACUCUGCCAGUGUUCAACCUCACUGAAGAUGGCAGCAGUGAAAGGAAGAACCAGCUCAUCCUCGGUGUUGUGGGGAUUGACGUGACUCUGAACGACAUCAAGAAGCUGACGCAGCGAUACAAUUUAGGGGCCAACGGCUAUAUAUUUGCUAUUGAUCUGAAUGGAUAUCUAUUGCUACACCCAAAUCUGAGACCUCAGGAGGGGGGAGAAUUCCAGGAACCUGUGACCCUGGACUUCCUUGAUGCUGAACUAGAGGACGAGAACAAAGAGGAGAUCCGGAGAAGCAUGAUAGAUGGAUUUAAGGAUCAGCGAUACAUCAAGACUCUGGUCAAGUCCCAAGAUGAGAGAUACAUAGAUAAAGUCUACAGGACCUAUACCUGGGCUCCUAUCAAAAGCACAAACUACAGCCUUGGUUUGGUCUUGCCGCACUACAACACGUAUUACAUCCAAGCUAUUCUCAACGACCAGAUUCUCCAGGUGAAGUUACCAAGCAAAUUGAAGGAUUUUGAAUACCUGCUGCCAAACAGCUUUGAGUCCGAGGGACAUGUAUUCAUUGCUCCAAGAGAAUAUUGCAAAGACCUCAGCCAGUCGGAUAACAACACUGAAUUCCUGGAAAACUUUAUCGCCCUCAUGGAAAAGGUGACGCCUGACUCCAAGCAAUGUGAUAACUUCCUCCUUCACAACCUCAUCCUGGACACAGGAAUCACCCAACAGCUGGUGGAAAGAGUGUGGAAGGACCAAGACCUUAACACGUAUAGCCUCUUAGCUGUGUUUGUAGCCACAGAUGGUGGUAUCACCCGCGUCUUCCCUAACAAAGCUGCUGAAGACUGGGAAGAAGACCGGGAGCCCUUCAACGCCAGUUUCUAUCGGAGAAGCCUGGAUAACAAAGGCCACAUCUUUAAGACCCCUUACAAGGAUUUCAACUACCGAGGGCUGGAACUGGAAAACAACACAGUUGGGAUCCUUGUCAGCACAGCAGUUGAGCUCAACUUUGGUGAGAGGCACCUGAAACCAGCAGUGGUUGGAGUGAAACUUGACCUGGAGGCAUGGGCAGAAAAAUUUAAAGUCCUUGCAAGUAACCGAACAGAAAGGGAUCAGCUGGGGACACGAAGAUGUGACCCCUCCACAGGCUGCGAGAUGGACUGUGAGGCUAAUUACAAGGACCUCCUUUGUGUUCUCAUCGAUGAUGGGGGUUUUCUGGUACUUUCCAACCAGGAGGAUUACUGGUUCCAGGUAGGGAAGUUCUUCAGUGAGGUCGACGCUCACUUGAUGUCUGCUCUCUACAACAACUCGUUCUUCACACGGAAAGAAUCCUACGACUUCCAGUCUGUCUGCGCUCCAGAACCUCCGAGCAAUACGGGAGGCGCUCCACGUGGGGUGUACGUGCCAACAAUGGCAGAUUUCCUGAACCUGGCCUGGUGGACCUCAGCAGCUGCAUGGUCUCUGUUUCAGCAAUUCUUGUAUGGACUAACCUACAAUAGUGGUUCAUACAAGCUCGGACUGAAGCUAUGCAUGCUGGAAGACAGCAGUUUUCCUCACAUUUAA